UCUACCAUAGCAGGGCGGAUCUUCAAAUGGCUGCCAUGUUCUUGAGGUGUGGCUCCCACCCCCUGUCGGUCGCGGAAAUCCCACCCACCCUCCGUCCAAGCCCAGCCUCCAGGAAGCCUCCCUCAACUGCACACUGCGCCAAGUGUCUCCUGUGGCGGCCCCCGGGUCCCCCCAGAGACUCGCAGCCAGUCACGGAGAUGCACAGUAUGACCCAGCAGCAGUGGGAUCCUCAGGCCCAGGACGCAUCUGGGCUCCAGCCCAUGUGGUUUUCAGAGGCAGAACCAGAAGGAAGAACCAGCUCAAGCUUUCAACCCGGAGACAUGACUGGACAGUUCUCUUCUUCAUCCUUGCCUAACAGAGAAGUCUGGUCAUUCCUCAAAGCCAUUCCUCCCAUUCCGGAUGAGGCAGUGGUCAAGCGGAAGUCCCCACGUGGUUCCUGGAGGGUUGGCACUCUCCGCCAUGGGAAGCGAGUCAACGCCAUUGCCAUCAGCAGUGCUCCCCGCCACGUGUACACGUGUGGCACUGGCUACAUCAGGGUGUGGGAUGAAGAUGCGUUGCAUGCCUCAGACAGGGCACCUCAGGCCCAGCUGGACUUUCAGGAUCCUCGGAAUCGUGUCCUUGCAUGCAAGCUGUUUCCCGAUGAACAGAGUCUCAUCACAGGGGGAAUGGCCAGGGCUCUGACUCUCUGGGACCUGGCACCCACCCCCCAAAUCAGGGCUCAGAUGGCCUCCACGGGCUCCAUAUGCUACUCCUUGGCCCUUUCCUCUGAUGCUCACAUCUGCUUGGCUUCUUUCAAAGGAUUUGUGGAGAUUUGGGAUGUGCAGAACCAAAUCUUGAUCAGGAAACACAAAGUCCCUCCCUAUGGGUCCCGGUGUGUGGACAUCACAGGCUUUAAGUUCUGGACAGGUGGUGAGGACACCACCCUAUAUUCCUGGGACCUGAGGAGCUACCAGAAACUACAACAACACAACUUGUGCCAUGAGAUCCUAAGCGUCACCCACGACCCCAGUGAGGAAUGGGUGCUGGCCGGCUUAAAGAUGAGUGACAUCGUCAUCCUGCAUGCUCACCGGGAGGAGAAGUAUAAAGCUGUUGUCCAAAGAUACACACAACAUCACAAUCUCAAGUUCGCCUCUUGCGGGACCUAUUUUAUAGCCACACUGGAUGAAAUGAUUCACUGCUUAGCCGCACCCUCUCUAAGAAGGUUGUUCCAGGCAGAGGAAUGCUAUGACAUUCUGUGCUGUGACGUGUCCUCUGAUAAUCGGUAUCUGGUCACGGGUUCCAAGGAGAGUGCCACAGUAUAUCAGCUCUUAUAUUGAAGGUUGCGGGCUCUGGUCUUGCCAGUGAAGAACCAUGAAGAUCAGGCCAUGUGAGCUCACAGUACCAGACAUCUUCCACAACCCUCUACCUGAGCCUUGAUGGCUGGCUGGCUGCACUCCCAGGCUUUGGUUAUACAGCUUGGGGCUUUUCUUUUUGUUUCAUCCCCUACCACUGAUUUCUGUGUUUGGCAGGUAACUUUAUGAGAUAUAGCUUUGGAAUUAAUAAAAUAGAGCAAAA